AUGUCAUUUGAAAGUGAUUUGAUUAACAAUUAUGACUGUCGACAUGUCGUUGUUGUCCGAUGGAACGCAGGUGAUAGAUCAACAGUCGUACCCAGCCCGAGAACCAUCGUUAGUUUUAUCGAGUCUGUCGGAUACAAACUGGGGAAUAAGGACCGAAUUGGGUACUCGCCAACACCUAGACAUACUGAUCAGUUCAUAAUCCUUCCGAUGACUUCUAUUGAGGAAGCGAAACGAAUUUCUGCUGACUCAGAGAAGAAGGGUUUCGGAAUCAAUAGUACAACGAUACAUAUGAACACACUCAUUGGAACUAAUGGCAUUCGUUUGAAGGAUGGAGUCGAUUUCAUGAAAAUAUCGCAAGAGCAUUUCAACAAUUCGGAAAUUCUGGAUUUGCUUGUGAUCACAAUCCGUUUAGAACUUCCGGAGAGGCUCGAGAUUAUUGAAAAUGGGUUCAAUCUGAUUAAACGCGGACUCUCUGAACUCAUAGAGAAUGCAAAAUGUGAAAUGUUUGGAUCUUUUACAUCUAAAGUGCGCCGAACUGGAUUCUCUGAUAUUGACAUUAAUGUCGAUUCUGUCACCCAACCAGGGGAUAGACAGCUGAAUCCUAGGCAUCUGAAACAAGUUUCCGCGUAUCCAAAGUGUCUCGUUGAUCAUCCUCUGACAAAAGCUGAACUAACAGAGUACCCCAAAGAAGAAACCAUCAAGCUUCUCUACCGCUGUUUCAUAGAGAACGAAGUCUUCAAAAACAAGUUUGAAAUCAAAUAUGUGCCGGCUCGAACCCCGCUUUUAGUUUUCAAGACUAUCUCAGCAGACGGAUUGAAUGUGUCUUACGAUGUUUCAAUAUGCAAUCAGAGUGGUGUCGACAAAGCGAAUCUGCUUGACGAGUUUGUUAUGAAAGACAAAUCGGUCCAUAACAAAAUGAAAAAUGCAAUGUUGUUCGUUGUUCACUGGGCAAGAUCGAACAAGUUGCUACCAGGAGCAUACUCGGACGAGAAAUUGGAAACACGAACUAACCUCAAUUCCUACAUUUUCAAUCAACUCAUAAUUCAUUUUGUACAAGCGACUGCUGACAAAAUUCUCGUUCAUCCACAAGCAAGAUUCGGAGCCAGAGUCGAUGAAUACAAUUUUGACACAUUGUUUACGGAUCACACCAAGUUUUUGAGCGAGUUUUUCAAGUAUUAUGCCAGUUUUGAUUUCUCGACUAAAGCGAUUUACGGAAAACAAGCUAUGUUAAAAACAACAAUGAUCAAUGUGCAUGGCGCAAAGAUGUCCCCGUUGAUGAUGAUGGAUCCAAUGGAUUGCACUCAUAACAUUUCCGGAAACGUCACAGAAGAAGCGGUGAAGCUGUUGAAUGGUCUCAUUCGAAACACACUGUUCAUUUUGAAGCAGAAAAAUUUCAAGGUAAAUUUCUUGCUUGAAACGAACCAAGUUGCCUUGAGUAUGAUGACUGGACGUGAAUCGACAAUCAGUGUGACGACGAAGAUGGUCGAAGGACGGGAAGUGCACUACAUGUCGGUGCAACUUCCAAUGGUUAUAGAAACCUCGGAAGAUUUGAUGUUGUUGCUUACAAGAAUUCUACGUUUCGAUGUGAGCCCUAACUAUCAGGGACCAAGUAGCUUCGACUUGUUCAAUACUGGGGGUGUGAUCUUCUGUGCUCAGGCCAAGUCAUGGAUCGGUCGUCGUAACAAGAAACGUCAAUUGAGAAGUGCUCGUAGUGACUUGACACCUCUCCAACUUGAUGUCAUGUGUAGUGACACAUAUCAGUAUCAAGACGAGGUGGUUGCCGAAUUACGUAUUGCUAUGGCAGAUCUCAAAAAAAUCAAAAUGAGAUUCGCUUACAUAGAAAUGCUCAAGGGCCAAGUUUCCGAUGUUCGCGAUGCGAUGCACUAUCUGAUGGAUCAGUUCGUGUUCAACAAUCUCGAUGAAUUGAAAAAGAACGGAAUUCAAAGUAUUUCUUCGAUUCCAUCUGCAGACACCAUCCUGUCCCUCUCUUGA